CAGCCGGCCCUGCGCACGCUUUUCGUCUCCCCUCCCCCGCCCCGCCACACGCUGCGUGGCUGCUCGUUGGCUCAUUAGGACGGAAGCUCGGUUGGUGCUUCUCCAGAAGUUUCCCCUUUGGGCGGCGGCGGCGUAACUCAUAACCUCGGUGGUAGCAGCUCUAACAGCAACAGAGAUUUUUAGGGAUGGCGGCAGCUGCAGCAGGACCUGCAACAGCCCAGAAGUUUUCCUGGAGCUUCUCAGAUGCUCUGAUCGAGGAGGACCCCCAGGCGGCGUUAGAGGAGCUGACUCAGGCUUUGGAACAGAAACCAGAUGAUGCACAAUAUUGUCAAAGAGCUUAUUGUCACAUUCUUCUUGGAAAUUACUGUGAUGCUGUUGCUGAUGCAAAGAAGUCUCUUGAACUUAAUCCAAAUAAUUCCACUGCUAUCCUGAGAAAAGGGAUAUGUGAAUACCAUGAAAAAAACUAUGCCGCUGCCUUAGAAACUUUUAUAGAAGGACAGAAAUUAGAUAGUACAGAUUCGGAUUUCACUGUCUGGAUUAAAAGGUGUCAAGAGGCUCAGAAUGGAUCACAAUCUGAGGUGUCUGCAUCCCAGAGGACUCAUCAGUCAAAAAUCAAGUAUGACUGGUAUCAAACAGAAUCUCAAGUAAUCAUUACACUUAUGAUCAAGAAUGUUCAGAAGAAUAAUGUAAAUGUGGAAUUUUCAGAAAAAGAGUUGUCUGCUUUGGUGAAACUUCCUUCUGGAGAAGAUUACAAUUUGAAACUGAGACUUCUUCAUCCUGUAAUACCAGAACAGAGCACAUUUAAAGUACUUUCAACAAAGAUUGAAAUUAAAAUGAAAAAGACAGAGGCUGUGAGAUGGGAAAAGCUAGAGGGGCAAGGAGAUAUGCCUAAACCAAAACAGUUCAUAGCAGAUGUAAAGAACUUAUAUCCGUCAUCAUCUCAUUAUACAAGAAAUUGGGAUAAAUUGGUUGGUGAGAUCAAAGAAGAAGAAAAAAAUGAGAAGUUGGAGGGAGAUGCCGCUUUAAACAAAUUAUUUCAGCAGAUCUAUUCAGAUGGUUCUGAUGAAGUGAAACGUGCUAUGAACAAAUCAUUUAUGGAGUCUGGUGGUACAGUUUUGAGUACCAACUGGUCUGAUGUAGGUAAAAGGAAAGUUGAAAUCAAUCCUCCUGAUGAUAUGGAAUGGAAAAAGUACUAAAUAAAUUAAUUUGCUAUCACUGUAUUGCAUAUAUUCACCUAUGCCCAUUGUGUAUUAAUAUCGCAUUCUUGAAUUUU